AUGCACCGCGGAGGAGCCAGGGUUGGGGCUGUGAGUCCAGAGGAGGCGCAAGACGGUGGAAAGAGGGAGCUGGGAGGAGGAGGAGGGCCCGGCGCAGGAGGAAGGAGGGAAUGGGCAGAUAAAGUCGUCCCCGGAGAAGGGGAGAGAGGGAAGGAGAGGGGUGAGAGCAGGGCCACGCUGGGAGCUCGUUUGCAUCCCUCCGGCAAACGGCCAGUCAGUCGCUUGUUCAAAGGACCGGCUAAUCCAAUCAGAUUGCGGGAUCGGCGGGGCCUUAUCGCCGCGGACACGGGCAUCUGCGGGGAGCACAUCACAGGGCAUCAGAAGGAGCCGGCUGCUGAUUGGUGGAGACAGAGAGUCGGAGGGAGAGGAGCUGGGAGUUAG